UAAAUCCUUUUCCCAUGGUUGUCUGUAGCUUUACUUACUUCUUCUAGCUAGUGACUUUACUACCUCCUUUAAUAAUGAAUGUAUUUAAUCUUUGUGUAUUGACUGUACUUCCAGUUUGGCAUUUUUACAUAGGAGCAAGCCUUUGGUGUAAGUUGUGGCGUUGUUGCCUUUAAUUUUUGUGAAUUUGCCAUGGUUAAGAAAUACUUGUUUUAUCUAAGAGUUCACUUGAGAUUGCUGCCAGUAAGAACUAUAAAGCACUCUACUUUAGGAACGUCGGGCCUAAGUGGCAUCCCACCACCGCGGUGGCAACCCGGAAGAUCGUUGCGGCAACGAUGGCUGGUAACCAGAACUACCCUGACGGUGGCUAUGGCCAUGUGAAGUAGAGUAAAUGUUUUUUUUUUUGCGGCUCUGAAUAUUUUUAUGAUCUAUGUUUGCUUAAGAUUUACUUUUUUUGCAUUUUUAUUUAGCUGAUGCUCUUGUCUAUUCAUACAUAUUUUGCGUUGGCAUUACAUUUUCGUUGUUAUACCCUCUACUGGGCAUUCGCUCAUCCCGUUUGUUUUGUUCUUUUUCCCCCUUCAGAGUACGAAGAGAAGUUGCAGCUGUAAGCCGGACAGAGCUUACGGAAAGCUGUUAGCGCUUGAAAAUGUCGAAGUGUGCAAAAUCUGUAACCUCGAGCUCUGUAUGCAAGAAAAAUAAUCUCAGCAAGAGGACAACACGUCUUGAUAAUGGCUUUGAAAAACUGUUGGGUUCUGUCAACACUAUUGUUGAAGCCGUUAAAGACCGUAAGAGGAUGAGAACUACUAUGGACCUGAAGGAAUUUAAGAAAAUGGUAGGGAAAGAUAGAAACUUUAGUGGGACGGCAAAGCCUACCUAGGCGGAGAAGUGGUUGAUGGGCGUUGAGAAAGAGUUUGAGGCUUUGCAAAUUCCGAAGGAGAAGAAGGUUAGACUUGCCACUUACCUGUUUGAGGGAGACGCCGAACAUUGGUGGAGAUCUGUCAAGCGCAUGGAAGAUGUGAGCAACAUGUGCUGGGACAAUUUUGUGGAGCUAUUUCUUAAUAAGUACUUUCCACCGACAGUUAAGGCAUUAAAGUGUGUUGAAUUUGCUGCGUUGAGGCAAGGUAGUAUGACGGUUAUGCAGCUGGAUCAGAAAUUCAGUGAACUUGAACGUUACGGAACACAUCUCGACCCCAACGCGGAAUUAAGGGCUCGCAAAUUUGAAGACGCAUUGAGGCCAAGUAUUCGUAACCACGUCGUUGGACACGUGCACAUGAAUUAUAAUGACGUCUUAAAGGCAGCACUGGCAAUUGAGGCUAGCAUGGUUAAAGCACAAAAUGAAAGGGAGGAUAAUGAGGUGAAGAAAAGGAACGGAAGCAACUCGUCAUCUCACCAUAAACGUGCUCGCUAUGAUUCAGACACCAACAAGGACAAAGUUAGCGGUUGCUGGCGAUGCGGAGGAGAUCACUUUGUGAGAGAUUGUCCAACACCAGCACACCAAGGACCACAAGACGCAAAUCAACCUCAACAGCCGAAUGCGCGUAAACAAAAUAUUUAUGCCAGACAUCCUUAUAACCCUCACAACAACACAUCACCCUUCCAGCAAUGGCAACAAAACGUUCAAGGAAAACUUAAUCAUGUCGCAGAGGUCAAAGGGGAAGCUGAAAGUUCCGUAAUCAAGGAGUACGAAGAGAAGUUGCAGCUGUAAGCCGGGCAGAGCUUACGGAAAUCUGUUAGCGCUUGAAAAUUAGUAUUUUGUAAGCUUAUGAUAUCAUAUAUCACAGGGGUAUCUGAGUAGUUAGUUUUUGUUUUAGUCCCAUAUCAUUUUGCUUUAUUUUGUUGUUGGGAACUUGUACAGAAUCUCGGUGGUUUGUAAAUGAAACUUGGUGGUGUAAUGAAGGGGAGGUCUGACCUUUAGGUGUCUAAAGAACCAAUUACAUCACUCAUUUUGCGGUGAAAUCUGAAAAUAUGCAUGUUCUGUUU